UGGAGUCGGUUCUCGAGCGACAACUUUCAAGUCUUUAUAAUAAAAUGCCUCGCCUUAUCUUCUUUGCCUUGCUGGCUUUAAAAUACCAGAGCGAAGCAUUUAACUUUUCACCUCAUCCUAAUCGAGUGAUACAUUUCCCAAAUCAUCUGAAAACCUACUUAAACCAAACGCGCAGUUCCUACUUUGGAUACUCGCUCGUCAUCCGUCCAACCAGCAUUUUGGUGGGUGCUCCUCGAGCGCAAUCUACCCUGGAAAAACAGAGCACCACCGUCGAGAGUGGGGCGAUAUUCAGGUGCUCCGUGGAGGAUGGAACCUGUUUUCCAUAUGUCCUGGACUCACAUGGAAAUCUUGACGCGCCCCCCGACGAUUACACGUUGAACUCGCAGCGUAAGGACUACCAGUGGCUGGGCGGAUCAAUGGACGGGGGAACUCAGGACACGGAUAAGCUCCUCGUAUGUGCGCCGCGUUUCACAACUCCCCAUUCCAACAGCAACGACGGCGCGGAGGGCCACCUGCACGGAAUCUGCUACUGGGUCAUGGACACCUUGGCGAUCAAUCCUCGUGCAAGAGACGUGUUUACCAUAUGUCCACUUCUCUUAAAAAACAUGCAGACAAUAGAUACAGAGCCUUACUUCUACAUGGGGGAACUGGGCUUAAGUGCACAUGUGCCGGAUGAUAAUUCCCAGUUCGUAAUUGGAGCCCCAGGUAUCGAUAAUUGGAGGGGAUCGGUGAUCCUGUAUCAGAGGCACAAAGUCCGGACCAAUAGACGCCCAAUGAGAGAUGUGGCUAGAAACAUCUAUAAUCCGGAAUUUGACUCCAAUAUCCUUCACCCCAGCUCAUGGGGAGAGGAGCUUUUCUCAUACAUUGGGUAUUCCGUUAGCUCCGGAUAUUUUGACAGUGACAACCUGAGCAAGCUCCACUACGUGGCCACUGCUCCCCAUGCUAACAACAAUUUAGGCGAGGCCUAUAUCUUCGAUGCCUUCAGCAAGAAUGUCCGUAAGUUGCAUGUCUUUCAGGGCGAACAGCUAGGAGACUACUUCGGCUACUCUGUUCUGACGGAGGAUCUCAAUGGAGACGGACUAACGGACGUUAUCAUCUCAGCACCCCUAUACGCUGCAGGGGAAUCCUAUGACGUUGGCGCCCUUUAUGUGUACAUCAACAAGGGUUUCUUCAACUUUGAGCGGAAGAUUGUUCGGUCUCCGGUCGACAGUCCGGGUCGGUUCGGAACGGCUCUCUCCCGACUUGGCGAUAUCAAUCAUGACGGUUACAAUGACGUGGCCGUUGGAGCUCCCUUUCAUGGAAACGGAGCGGUUUUCAUAUACCUGGGCAGCGAGGAUGGAUUGAGGGAUCAGCCGUGUCAGCGACUGGAUGCCCCUUCUGAGAAACCUUCCCAAUGGGGUUCAUACAUGUUCGGGCACGGCCUCUCCCGUGGGUCGGACAUAGACGGCAAUGGAAUCAACGACAUGGUCAUUGGAGCUCCCAAUGCCGAGGCCUUGUAUAUAUACCGUACCUAUCCAGUGGUCAAAAUAUAUGUCACAGCAAAGUCGGAAUCGGAAGAAAUCAAGCCUUAUCAGGAUAGCGUAAAUAUCACUGCCUGCUACCGAAUAACUACCCCUUCCCAGGCGAAUGAUGUGCAGCAGCAACGGCUAAAUAUGCGGAUUAACAUUGAUAAGCUUCUAAAGCGGGUGAAGUUCGCCCAGACGCAGACCAAUGAGUUGAUCUUCGAGGCGAACGCGGGUCCCUCCACAAUGUGCCGUGACUUUGUGGUCCAGGUGGGCUAUAAGGGCGAGAUUCUAACAGAUAUUGAUUUGGAGAUCCAUUACGAACUGUCGAGGAAGGUCCCAUACUGGGAGGAGUUCUGUGAAACCUGCGCAGUGGUCAAUCCAUCGGAUCCGACGGUUUCCACGGGUAAGAUCAGCUUCAUUACGGGAUGCGCCACCAAUGUUUGUGUCACUGAUUUGCAGUUGAGGAGUCAGCAUGUAAGAACAACCUAUACUUUGGGCACUACCAACACCCUCCGAUUGAACUACGAGGUCACCAGCAUUGGAGAGACCGCCUACCCGCCCCAAUUCAACGUGACCAGUCUUCCUCGUCUGCCCUUUGCCCAGGUUCCUGGAAACUGCAGGAUCAGGGAGGAAGCUAUGGUGUGCGAUCUGAACAGCGGACGACCGCUGGCCAAAGGUGACACCGACUCCCUCACCAUAAUUUUCGAUGUGAGUCAACUUAGUGGGUACUCAUUGAUCAUAGAGGCAGCUGUAUUCAGUGCAGGAAUCGAUAAGAAUCUCACGGACAACAGUUGGAGAGACGUUAUCAGCCUAGACGUGCUUGCCAAGGUCGAUGCCGGAGGAGGUCCUUCAGACGGUCUAAUUCUCCUCGACAAAUAUCCUUAUUCCGCGGAAAUCGUCAACAAUUAUGAGAUCAAAAGCCAUGGACCCAGUGUCAUCCAAGAUUUAUCCGUGAUCUUCUAUAUGCCCAUCGCUUAUAGAAUGCCUGGGUCUUCUACAUUCAAACCCCUCAUUAAUCUAACUAGCCUGCAGAUAGAGGCCACCUAUGGUUCCGAUUUAUUGCCCAGCAAGCUCUACGACCAAAAUAAUGUGCUGUUCAAUGAGUUCCCCGUCGAGAAGUCCACUCCUAACGACCAGAUGGCCUCAAUCACAUCCCGAAAGCGGAGGGAUCUCGAGGAUCCAGAGAGAAUUGAUGAUAAAACCCGGCACCUCCUGUUGAAAGACGAUCUGCCUAUAAAUCGCACUUUGGUAUUCAACUGCCAGGAUACCAAGGGAACAAUAUGUGUUCAAGCAGUGAUCCGCCUCCGACUUGUGCCGGGUAUACCUAUUAGCCUGAACACAGGUUUUAAUGUAGAUCUGAAUGAAGAUUUGAGUCCUUUUGAGUACUUUGUCAUUUUAACCGAUCUGAAGCUUGUCAUAGGGAACUAUUCCGAUAUCACUUUAAUGGUAAUUAAUCAAAAUAUCAAACCAAAUGUGAUCUUCAAGAUGCUGAAGGAGGAACUGCCCAUCUUGUACAUAAUUUUGGCUGUGGCCGUCGGGUUGCUGAUGCUGGCAGCAAUAACUUAUGCUCUGUACAAGCUUGGCUUUUUUAAACGCUUGAAGAGGGAUGAGCUGAAUAGUUUGAAAGGCAACGAUGACCCGCUACUAGAUCGGGAUGAAAACAACGAGGAUCCAACUAUGAAUCAAGAAUUAUCGUAAACAAGUUUCCAACGCUUUUUUAACAAUUAUUACUUUGUAUAUAAU